AUGGUCCUGGGCCUAAGAAAGAGAAACAAGCAAGCCAAAGCGGGACCUUCAUCACCCGCACAACCGGACGUGCAGAGACGCGGUUCAUCUCGACCCGUCAACGGCGAAGACAUUGAUGGUGCCACAACUCUAUCAGGACCCUUCAAGUAUGGUGACAGCAUCUCAAAGUCGAUCGUUGACCUCGCUGGUCUUCCCGUCAACGUCUUUGGUCUUUCGGAAUUGACGCCUGCUCCAUCUCGAGCAAGUGCACCACCACCUCCACCGGUUUGCGUUGUCAUUCACAUGCACGGUCGUGGAGGUACAGCAGACAAGGAAGAGAAGAUCGCACGUCAGCUGUACGACCGGAUCGCCCGCGAUAAAUCCGAUUACCAGGCGCAGCAGAAUGCCGGAAUGGUCCCUACUUCCUCGAUACAACGAGACCACCUAGUCGUAACUUUCGACGCACGCAAUCAUGGUCACCGAACCACCAAUCCUGAAGGUCAAAAGGCAUGGAAGCAAGGAAACACGCAACACGCCAUGGACCUCUACGGAAUGAUCGUCGGCGGCGCACGCGACGCUUCAUUCAUUGUCGACUUCCUCCCCUCUUACCUCUUCCCGCAUGACGAGCGAAAUGUAGCUGAAUGGGUCAUUGUCGGAAAGUCGCUCGGGGGUCAUUCGACUUGGCAUGUUCUUGCAAACGACCCACGCAUCAAGAUCGGUGUGCCCUUCAUCGGGAUGCCCGAUUACUCUCGAUUGCUGGCAUCGCGCACGCGAACCUCGUUUGUUGCGAAUGCUGCACCUUACGUUCCCUCGAGCUUGAAGGCACUCGUCGACAAGAUUGACCCAGCUCAGACGGCGUACGACAGCUUCGAUGCAAGAAGGAACCCAUUCUGGGGUAAGAAGAUCUGCGUGCUCAGCGGUGCAAAUGAUAAGUUGGUGUUGUGGGAUUGGAAUCAAGACUUUUUGAAAGCACUGGUUGUGGGCGAGGCAUCAGGGCCUAGAGGUGAGAUGGAAGGGUUGAAGAUUCAUCGCAGACCAGGGGUUGGGCACGAGGUGACAGAGGAGAUGGUUGAAGAGGCUGGAGAGUGGAUUUGGCGCUGGGGUAUUGUUGCUCCUGCAUAG